CUUUUUGCUCUUUCUAGAAUAACCCAGACUAGGCGGAGUGGAGCCGUUUAACGAGCUUUGACGAGCGGCUGAGCAUAGGUGGAGUGGGGCGAUGGAGCAGGACAACGACGCCGACGUGUUGCAGGCGCAGAAGCCGAAUAAACACAAGGGGAAGCACGACAAGCCGAAGCCAUGGGACGAUGACCCCAACAUCGACCGGUGGAAGAUCGAAAAGUUCGACCCCUCCUGGAACGAGUCCGGUUUGGUCGCAGAGAGCUCUUUCUCCACUCUCUUCCCUGUAUACAGAGAAAAGUACUUGCAAGAUGCUUGGGAGAAAGUGAAACCAGCUUUGAAAGUGUAUGGCAUUGAUUGUGAGCUUGAUCUGGUUAAGGGGUCCAUGACAGUGUCAACAACCAUAAAGACUAGGGACCCAUAUAUUAUCAUUAAGGCUAGGGAUCUUAUUAAGCUUUUGUCAAGAAGUGUUCCUUAUAAUCAGGCAAUAAAAAUAUUGGACGAUGAAAUGCAAUGUGACAUCAUCAAGAUUGGCAACUUGGUCCGCAAGAAGGAGCGAUUUGUGAAACGGAGGCAACAUCUUAUUGGUCCAAAUUCUUCGACUUUGAAGGCACUUGAAAUACUGACAGGCUGCUACAUUCUCGUUCAGGGCAAUACAGUUGCUGCUAUGGGUUCAUUUAAAGGUUUAAAGCAACUAAGGAGGAUUGUGGAAGACUGCAUGCGUAAUAAAAUGCAUCCUGUAUACCAUAUCAAGGUUCUUAUGAUGAAGAAAGAACUUGAAAAGGACCCAGCACUUGCACACGAAAACUGGGAUAGGUUUCUUCCGAAAUUCAAGAAGAAAAAUGUUAAACAAAAGAAGGUUACGACUAAAGAGAAGAAAGAAUAUACACCUUUCCCUCCUCCACAACAACCUAGCAAGAUUGAUGAACAAUUGGAAAGUGGAGAGUACUUCAUGUCUCAAAAAAAGAAAUCAACGAAGAAGUGGCAAGAUAAGCAGGAGAAGCAGGCGCAGAAAACCGCGGAAAACAAAAGAAAACGAGAAGCUGCAUUUAUUCCCCCAGAGGAGGCAAGAAACCAGGAUACAAAAUCUGAGGAUGAUAAUAAUGAUGUGGCAGUCAUGACCAUGUCUCUUAAGAAAAAGGCUAAGGAGUUUGGGAAGCAAAAAUUGGCUGAGAAUAUCAAUGCUGAAACUUAUAUUGCAGCAGCUGGGGAGCCUUCCAAGAAGAAAUCCAAGCGCUCAGUCUCUUAAAUAUAACGUGUAUCAAUGCUGUUGCUUAUAUUGCAGCCAGCAUGAUGUGUUUAUAGUAGAUGUGGGGAAAGCAUGAAGUCUUAAAUUUUUGCCGUGCAUGAGAAGAAAGCUAAUUUCUUGAAUUUUUUUAUUUUAUUUUUUUAAAUACUCUUCAUUAUUCACAAUUUAGAUUUAUAUUAAAGAAGCUCUUCAUGUUUGGGUUUGAUUUAUUGGGACACCCGACUUCAUUUUGAUAGGUUAAUAGAACGGACAACCCAUAUGAGAUUAAACGGAUUGAAUAAGGAUCGCCAUUAAUUGGGUGCCUGAA